AUUCGUAGGGAGGUUUUAAAUAUUUUUAUUUACAUUUUACCCAAUAAAUUAUCUAAAGAGUGUUGCCUAAGUAUAAGAAAGUGUCGAUUAUCUGCGCCGUCACAUAUUUAGCUGCCUUUGUUCAACAAAAGCGCUCAAAAUCCAUUUCCAAAUGGGAACGCAAACAAGAACGUCAUGAUGGUGUGAACAGCUGCUCUUGCCUAGCAGAGUAACCUUUUUGCAUACAAUAACAAAAGCACAAACACACACACACCAGCGACCACCUAAAACAACAACAACAAGCAACAACGCACAGCCGAAAUUAGAGGCCAGGCCGCCGCCGCUGCCGUACAGUUAUUGCAAAAACGAAAUUGUGAAUAAAGCGAAAAAUGCAUGUCUUGUGAUAACAAUAACAACAGCAGCAGCAACAAUAAUAAAUACAAGGCAAGCGAAGAAAAGGAAGAAGAAAAAACAGAAACAGAAACAGUAGUUUAUUUACAACAAAAGCGCAACAUUUGCCUUGCACCCCAGGGUCGCUAUCGUAAUUCUCGUCGCAGCAGCAGCAACAGCAACAACAACAAUAAUAAUAUACAAUAAAAUUGUUGCUCGUCAUAGUCCACAAUUUUAGUUUGAAUCGAGGUUUGGCCAAUCAAGUAGGCAGGCAGAGAGAGAGACACACACACAAACACACACAGAGACAGGAGCAGCAACAAUAGCAACAAAAGCAACAUGCAACGCUGGCUAUCCACCCAUGAGUCAGAGGCUUGCGACGCCGACGCCAUGGCAGCGCCCUCCACAUGUCGGGCGGCUCCCGACGCCGGCAGCAGCAGUCGUCGCGUCUACGGCGACAUAACCACCAAUCGUCUAUGGACCUUUCGAGUGCUAAUGACCGACGACAUAUACCCCAAUGAGCAGUUAGCCAUUGUGGGCAGCUGCGAGGCGUUGGGCAACUGGCAGCACGGUGGAGCGGCCAUAAUGACCAGGGAUGAGGAGAAUGACGGCAAUGUGUGGACGGCGGAUGUGUGUAUACCUCGGCAUUGUUCGACAGAAUAUCGCUAUAUGGUCUGUGCUGUGGAUCCGUCGACGGAGCAGCUGAUGGUGAGACGUUGGGAGACGCAUCUGAAGCCGCGACGCGUCCUGGAACUGGACGCACAGCCGCAAACGCUGCAGCAGUCUGAGGACACCUUUGGCUGCAUCAAUGGCGUCCAGAAGGUGGACCGCGGCUGGUUGACCAGCGAGUCGAUGGUGCAGCUGAAAUUCUUCAAUGCACCCUUCACCUGGAAGCAGCGCAUGAAACGGCGGCAUGUCUUCGUGAAGGUGACGCCCAUGAACUUGCGCAUACCGAGCGCUGGCGGUGAUUCAGCUAGCAAUUGGGCUGGUCCCAAUACGCCAGUAUCGCCGCUGGAGGAUUCGCUGUCCAACGAUACGCACGACACACGCGAAAAUGGCGCCGAGAACUCGACGGCCUUUGCCUUCUGCGAGGUGGUCACCUUGAGUGCGGAGGAGUGCGAGCUGAAGCCGCAGGAGCAGUUUGGCACGGCCUGUGGCUCCAACGAUUUGGUUAUCUUUCACCUGACGGUCAGUGAUGUGGAGAACACUGCCUAUUUGAUUGAUCUGUAUGCGUAUAGUUCGCGCGUCGCUAUAGAGGAUGGACCCCCGCUCCAUCUGGGCUACCAUUACGUGCUGCCCAAUUUGUUUAAACGCUCCGAGGGUAAUCUGGAGUUGCCCAUUACUUGCGCCAAGGGCCACAGACCGCUUGGUAUGAUGCGUUUGGGUUACCUUAUAGUGCGUCCCUCCUCGCUCUGUGCUCACAUGGACAUGCGAACCUCAUAUGCGCGCUACUGGAACAACAAAUGGACGGGAUUGGAUGUGGGCCAUCGCGGUUCGGGCACCAGUUUCAAAGCCAAGGAUGCCGUUAUACGAGAGAAUACGAUUACGUCGCUGAAAAAUGCGGCAGAGCAUGGUGCGGACAUGGUCGAGUUUGAUGUGCAGCUCAGCAAGGAUCUGGUGCCGGUGGUCUACCACGAUUUUAUGAUCUAUGUAUCGCUGAAAUCCAAGUGCAGCAUGCAGGAGCACGACUUUCUCGCCUUGCCCAUGCGCGACCUUACUCUGGAGCAGUUGAAGAAGCUAAAGGUCUAUCAUACCGCUGAGGGUUUGUCGCGCGAGACUCGCUCCUUCCACAAUGACGAUCUGCUGGAGCAUCAGCCGUUUCCACAGCUGGCCGAUGUGCUGGAUGCCAUUGAUGUGCAUGUGGGCUUUAAUAUUGAAAUCAAGUGGUCGCAACGAUUGCAGGAUGGUCGUAUGGAGGAGGAAUUCGAGCAUGUUGUGGACCGCAAUCUCUAUAUCGACUGCAUCUUGGAUGUGGUGCUGCGAAAAGCGGGCACGCGUCGUAUUGUGUUCAGCUGCUUUGAUCCUGACAUUUGCACAAUGUUGCGAUUCAAGCAGAACCGCUAUCCGGUCAUGUUCCUAUCACUGGGUCGUACCACCAAGUACGAGAAGUAUUUGGACCCGCGUGGCAACACCAUGGAGCUGGCGGUUGUGGCGGCCAGCGCCAUGCAACUGUUAGGCAUUGUGGCGCACACGGAGGACUUGCUGCGUGAUCCCACCCAGGUGAACCUGGCUAAGGAGCGCGGCCUCGUCCUUUUCUGCUGGGGCGAUGAAAACAAUUCCAAAGAAACUAUCAAAUUGCUUAAGGAAUUGGGUCUACAUGCUAUCAUCUAUGACAAGAUGGAUGUACUCACUACCAAGGAAGUAAAGCAAAGCGUUUUCCUGCUUCAGGCCAAGGACAGCCAAAAGGAGUUGCUCAAAUUGCAGGCUCUGGAAAUGGGCCGAGUCUGGCAUACAUCGGACAACGAGGAACAGCAGAAUUAACCAAAAAAAAAAAAAAAAGAAAGAAAGAAAGAUGAACUAUGCGGCAAUGACGAGUCCUACUUCUACUUACAACCCAUAGCCAAGUGACACCAAAAGCUAUUGCGCUUUAUUUUUAAACAUUUACAAACAAAUAUACAAUGCUACCUAGAGGACCUCUUCA